AUGGAGGACGACUUUCGGCCACAGGUGAAGAAGGUGGCCGUGGCCAUGGGCGCUUCACUCACAGAGCAGGACAUCGACCGCAUGCCACAGGAGAUGAGAACGCAGGGAAACUUCAACUACAGCAGGUUUCUGGAGUAUAUGAGGCAGUUCAAGACCUCGGAGCAAAGAGAGGAGGCCAUUAAGAAGGCCUUCAUGAUGCUCGACAAAGACGGCAGCGGCUACAUAGAGUGGAACGAGAUCAAGUAUAUUCUGUCCACUGUACCAACUGCAACCCCGUCGGCUCCUCUGUCUGAUGAGGAGGCAGAGGCCAUGAUCCAGGCUUUAGACACCGAUGGAGAUGGACGUAUUGACUACAGAGAGUUCUCACACAUGGUGAAGAUGGAGAAGAAACCGUGCAAAUAA